AUGCAAAAGCUUUCUGCUUUUUAUCUUGCAAACUCAAAAAAAGAAUUACCAUAUUUUUCUUCUAAUAAAGAUGUUAAAAAUAUAUAUGAAGCUUUAUCUAAUCUAAAUCUUAGUAAGGAUGAUGAUGAUCACAAAGAAGAAGAACAACUCUCUAGUGAAAAAUCUUCUAAAGAAGAAAAUAUUAAUUAUCAGAAUAGUAAUACUGAGAAUAAUGUUGAUAAGGAAAAUUGGAAUUCUGAAAAAAAGAUUGAUAUGAU